GCUGGGACGCACGUGCGGGGUUCCGCGGGAGCGUGCGGCGAUGGAGGGCGCUCUGAUGGCCCGCCAGGUAGUAAAUGAAGGGGACUCAAGAGUUGCCACGGAGCUACAGGAAGAGGCUGAGGAAAAUCCUAGCCCUGUUGUGGAUGAGAAUAAUAUAGUAUCGGCCAAAAAACAAGGGCCAAGCACACACAAUUGGAGCGGUGACUGGAGCUUCUGGAUAUCAAGUUCCACCUACAAAGACAGGAAUGAGGAAUACAAACAGCAGUUUGCACACCUGCCGGACUCAGAGAAGCUGAUAGCAGAUUAUGCUUGUGCCCUUCAGAGGGAUAUUUUGCUUCAGGGGAGGCUGUACCUUUCAGAAAACUGGCUGUGUUUCUAUAGCAACAUCUUCAGAUGGGAAACUACAAUUUCCAUUGCUUUAAAGAAUAUAACCUUUAUGACCAAGGAGAAGACUGCUAGACUCAUCCCAAAUGCUAUCCAGAUCAUCACAGAGGGCGAAAAGUUUUUCUUUACGUCUUUCGGUGCCAGAGACAGAAGUUAUCUAAGCAUAUUUAGGUUGUGGCAGAAUGUAUUAUUAGAUAAGAGCCUGACCAGACAGGAGUUCUGGCAACUGCUCCAGCAGAACUAUGGCACGGAGCUGGGUUUAAAUGCUGAAGAAAUGGAAAACUUGUCGUUAUCAAUAGAAGAAAAUGUGCAGCCAAGAAGUCCAAGAAGAAGCAGUGUGGAUGACUCCGGGGAAAGAGAUGAAAGGUUCUCCAAGGCCAUCAGCUUUACACAGGAGUCAAUUAGCCGAGUUUCAGAAACUGAGUCCCUGGAUGGAAACUCACCGAAAAGAGGAUUAGGAAAAGAAGAUGCCCAGAGUGAGAAACAUUUGAAAAAAAGUCCUUCACUAGUUUCAGAAAAGAGGUUAAGUAGAGUGCCGUCCAAGUCACUGGACUUGAAUAAAAAUGAGUACCUUUCUCUGGACAAAAGCAGCACUUCCGAUUCUGUUGAUGAAGAAAAUAUUCCUGAGAAAGAUCUUCAAGGAAGACUUUAUAUCAACCGUGUUUUUCACAUCAGUGCUGAGAGAAUGUUUGAAUUGCUCUUCACUAGCUCACACUUUAUGCAGAGAUUUACUAAUUCUAGAAAUAUAAUAGAUGUGGUAUCUACACCCUGGUCAGUUGAGUCUGGAGGUGAUCAGCUGAGAACCAUGACUUAUACUAUAGUCCUCAGUAACCCACUCACGGGGAAAUGCACUGCUGCUACAGAAAAGCAGACUCUGUAUAAAGAAAGUCGGGAAGCACACUUUUAUUUAGUAGAUUCAGAAGUACUGACACACGAUGUUCCCUACCACGACUACUUCUAUACGUUGAAUAGAUACUGUAUUGUCCGAUCUGCAAAGCAGAGAUGCAGGCUGAGAGUUUCCACAGACUUGAAGUACAGGAAACAACCAUGGGGCAUUAUCAAGUCUUUAAUUGAGAAGAAUUCCUGGAGUUCACUGGAGAACUAUUUCAAACAGCUUGAAUCAGAUUUAUUAAUGGAAGAGUCUGUGUUAAAUCAAUCCAUUGAAGACCCCGGAAAACUCAGUAACCUACGACGGAGGAGGCGAACCUUGAACCGAAUGGCAGAAACAGUGCCCAAGCUGCCCUCUCAGCGUUCUUCUAUGGAUGUGGGCUUCGAGGCCAAAGGGGAUAUUACAGGAAAGAGAAAGACUGUGGACAGCUGUGACACUGCUCUGAUUGUGGUGAUGAGUGUUUUUCUGCUGUUGCUAGUUCUGCUGAAUGUGACGUUGUUUCUGAAGUUGUCAAAGAUAGAACAUGCCGCUCAGUCCUUCUACCGGCUUCACUUCCAAGAAGAGAAAUCUUUUAAUUUAGCCUCUGAUAGGUUCUCAAGAACAGAACAUAUUCAAAAGAACAAAGAUCAGGCCCACCAUUUAAAAGGAGUGCUCCAAGAUUCCAUAGUGAUGUUGGAACAGCUGAAGAGCUCACUCAUUAUGCUUCAGAAAACCUUUGAUUUACUAAGUAAGAACAGGACUGGGGUGGCUGUGGAGAGCUAGUGCUGGGAUGCAGAAAUCAAAGAGACACCUGGACCUAGAAGACAACAUCUGGAAGGAAACCAAGGAUGAAGACUGUCACCGUCAUAGGAACAUUUCUGAUAUUUUUAUUACUGAGCUUCUACUAGGAAAACCUUAUUUAAAUUACAUUUACUUGGUGAUUACUCUCCAACAGCCUUAA